AUGUGCAGCAUCCUGGUCUGCGUGUCCCCAUGUGGGGAGCCCCGAUCUGGCACCCGCUGUGCGGACCCCGGCGGUGCCAAGACCUCGGUGGCCACCAGCGCCGGCGGGCAGGCGACCUCGCUGCAGGUGCCGGCGCUGGUGAGCGGUGGCACCAUCCUGGCCACGCUGCCGCUGGUGGUGGACGCUGACAAGCUGCCCCUCCACCCCGUGGGGCUGGCGCAGAGCAAGGGCGAGAAGCGCACGGCGCACAACGCCAUCGAGAAGCGCUACCGCUCCUCCAUCAACGACAAGAUCGUGGAGCUCAAGGACCUCGUGGUGGGCACCGAGGCCAAGCUGAACAAGUCGGCGAUCCUGCGCAAGGCCAUCGAGUACAUCCGCUUCCUGCAGCAGAGCAACCAGAAGCUGAAGCAGGAGAACCUGUCUCUCAAGAUGGCCAUGCAGAAGAACA